AACGCUGGGGAUGAUUGGAUGAAUAUGCUGAAGCCAUUAACCAAUUGCGCCGAUUUUCGGACGUAUUGGACCGAAUACACAGAGCAAUACGCCUGGCGUUAAAGAUGGUUUUAAUCCAGGAAUGUGCACCAGACAUUGAAAAUCAGAUUGAAUUCACAUUAACAACCAUAGAGAAUCCAGAGAAUGAUUCAAGUAAUUAUCCCCCACUGCCACUACCGACCCUGAUUGCAACGACCCCACGCACUGCGCUGUUACAUAAUUACUCUAAUCCUAAAAUCGCUACAUAUUUUAUUGGAGUGUAUCCAGCAUUUUUAGCAUACACACAAUUGAAGUUCAUAGCUGCAAUGUAUUCUCCUUUUGACACUCACAAAUCCUUUAUGAUCCUCUCCAUUGUUGCUUAUCUCAUGGCUAUUUUGGAUUUAAAGAUUCUAUUUUGCAUAUACGAUCAUCUAAAAAAACCAUCUAAUCAACACUUCUCCCCUGUACAUUACAAAAUCCUAAUGCAUGUUUAUUACAUCUUGUGGAUUCUUGCAAUGUUGUUGGUUUUGCCAGCAUUAUUCACUCCUCGACGCUAGAUUUGGUUUUCAGUCUCAGUUGCAGAUGGUCUUGGCGUCACCACUCACCAGUGAUCCUGCUUGGUGUACGUUAACUAAUAGCAAAAGUCAAAAGGUAAACUAUUGGGUCUAUUAUGUAGUGAACAAGUUAUAUAUUGGGUUUGUCAUGUAACUAUGUAUUUAUGUAAGGGUUGAUUACGGUUAAAAAUCAAGUACUUAACCCCCAAUAGUUGUGUCUAUACAUAUUCGGGUAUGAACCAUUAUAAACAACGGGUUCUUAUAACUCGGUUAUAGAAGUUAUCUAUUAACAAUAGGUAACACCGGUUAAGGAUGUACCGGUUAGAGGGUAUAAAUACCCAACUUUGUAACAAUUUCAGAUCAUCACUUUCAUAAACAAAGUCAGAUUUACUUGCA